AUGGAACGUGGGAUUACAGAGGGCAAAAUUGAGUCACCAACUCCAUCCACCCAACUCCCAGAGCAGCAAGCAUGUCAGGAUGCCUCGUUCCCCGGUACACAGGACUAUCGGGACGAGGCAGAAACCCGUCUAGGGAUUGUCAAUGGAACUUCGGAUCUGGUCAGUAAUACUGCUCAGAGACCAAGCAAUGAUCGAGUUUUCAACGGCAGCACAUCGUUUUUCCACCCAACCCCAGAGGGCAAUCCGAUGGAUAUGAUCUCCCCGGACCUCGUGUCUUUUCCGAAUACCAGCCCAGAUGGCGGAGCCGAGUUCAACCAUUCCAUGAUGGGAUUCGAGGGCUUUCUGCCAGGUGACUUUAACUUCAUGUCUUACGAUCCUGCCCCGAGGAUUGGCGGUGGUGUGGACUGGCUCAAUCUCGACCUUGACUCGCCCGGUACUGGCGAACUUCAAGCUCACUAUCAGAGUGGAGCUUUUGGGCAACCGAUGUAUUUUCAACCAUCGAUCCCGCUUGACCUGCAAGAGCCGCUGCAAAACAGAAGCCACCAAGCCAUAUCUGCACAACUAAUGCCAAUUCGACACCAAGAAUCCAAAAACCUUUCGACCAAGUCGUCCGAGUCGCGAGCCACCUCUCAGCAAUGGCCCUUUGACCACACACGGAACCCUGAAUCUCAGCGAUACAGACUCCCUCCUUUACGAGACAUUUUACAAGGCACUGUUGCCUCAAGUGAAACUAACAAUGGGACCACUAUCAGAAGUCUGAUUCAGCUGCUCUCGUCGCCAUACUUACCAGAGCAAGAUCUCUCUCACGACCCGAGUAUGAAAUCUGCAAUGGAGCUGCUGAAAAAUUCCUUAGAUUUGUACUUUGCAGAAUUCCACAACAUUUUGCCUCUUGUACACGUUGCCACCUUUCAGAUGACCAAAGUCCCUACCGUCACACUGGCCGCCAUGGCUUGUAUUGGAGCCAUGUACUCGGACGAUCAACAGGGGACAGAACAGUCAUGGUCUCUGAGUGAAAUGUGCGGCCAAAUGAUUGCAUGGCUGGGCGUGGGAGAUAGCACUCGCUUUUACAAUGCGCCAUAUCUCAUUGCUUGCUGCCUUCACCAGAUCUAUUCUCUUGGCUCUGGGAAUAUGAGGCUUUACGCAAACGCAGAUUGCUCGAGGGGCAUACUGAUGGGUUGCCUCCGCGGGAUGGGUCUGUUAAAGUCCCGUAUCAGCACCGAGGUUGAGUGGGAAGAUUUCAAAAGCCCCCUGCCCAACGAGAAUGCAGCAACCGAGUGGCUGAGAUGGAAAGACCAGGAGCAAGAAAAGCGCAUUGCUUGGUCUUCUUUCGAGUACGACUGCACUUUGUGCACCUUAACCGCGCGACGAGGUGCUGCUGACUUACAGGAACUGCCGUCUUUUCUGCCCUGCACUGAGCCUUUGUGGGAUGCGAGAUCCCCUCAAGCCUGGGCAGCUCUUUACUCACGCCUUACGCCGACCGCCCGAGGAGCCUCGACCGCGAAAAUACUUCGAAAUCUUCUGGCUGGAAAAGGUAUCCCUGAGGAUCUACCAGCGUGGGGAAAGAGGCUGUGCGCACAGAGCAUUGGCCGACUUCUUUGGGACAUCAAGCAAUUGGAUAUCAUGGCGACCACCGAGUACCUGAAACUCCCUUCUCUAGCUGCGGCUCAGAGACAGACCAAAAGCACUCUACUGCAAGGACUCAAUGCACUUUGUGAAUCCAUGUAUUCUCUGACUUCUACCGCCGAUCUCAUCCACUACAACGCGGACGAGGCUAUGGACCUUAUUGUUCAUAUCUUCCGCUCUUCCGCCUCGCAGUCGAAACAACUCGAUCAGAGCCUUGUGUCGGCUAAGCGACGCCUACGCUCGAUACUUGUGAAGAAUCCCACAAAAGCUCGUAAUCUAGCGUGGCAUGCAGCUCAGAUCAUCGCCGUGGCAAACGAAUACCUAGUCUCUGCGCCUUGUGAGAUUAUGCGGACGUUCAUGGGCUACAUCUUCAUCCUUGCCUUUGCCAAAUUCGGACCUCAGCCCUGCUCGGACCCUGGUUACGCCUCAUGCCCUGUUCGACUCGAUUUGCCAAAUCGGAUUGAUGGCCAACGGACCGCAAUUGCGACCUGGAUCGAAAACGGAGGGCCCGCAAGCAUUGGUGCUGUCGAGAACAUCUACAUGAGUGGCAGUCUCGAAGCGAUCAGCCACGAAGCUCAAGCCAUGCUACGGAAAAUGCGCUUCUGGAAGCUCUCCAACAAGUUCAGCCGGAUCCUUGAGAGUUUUGACUUUGAUUGCGAUUAG